CUCUGUGUCUAACGUUUACCACCGGAAGGUGACGUCAGACUUGCUGUGUGUGUCUGUGCUCCUGUCUUGGCCUCAGAGUGAGGACCACUUUCCUGGUCCGGUUCGGUUCUGGGCCAAGCUGUGAAUCAGGUUUGGUUUAUUGGGAGUUCUGCGGUGGUUCCGGGUUGGUUCCGGUGAUUCUCGGGGUUCGAUGACAGAGAAACGGGAGUUGUUGGUGACUGAGGAUGAUUCAGCAGCUCUCUCUCCGAGCGGCUCCACCUCUUCUCUCCACCGCAGCAGCAGCGGCAGCAACGGCUCUCUUCAGUCCAACCUCUGUUCUCACCUGGGCGCGUGAGCAGCAGAACUGAACCCUGCAGGUGAAGAAAGACCACAGGAAACCAGGCCGAGGGCGCGCGCUGCUACGACAUUGGUCGCUUUUCGGUGUCAGACUGUUUCUUGUUGGAUCGAACAGAACCGGCGGACUGAUUCUAAAUAACCAGAAGCGUCAUUUCCGGGAUUGUGUCGUGGAUCUGAUGCUCGGCGUGUCUGCAGUGCAGCUUUACUGGAUAAUUGUCUCCAUGGUGAAGUGGGCGGAGUCUGAUGUCUGCUUCUCCUCUUGUUGACCCUUCCAUCAUGCCCACCAUGGUGUCCCGCCUCCCCCAGUUAAGCUCCCGGUCACAGACAGCUCCAGCAGCUGGCAGAACUCGUCUUACCAACGGGUUCUACCACCACCCCGGACCUGCAGGAGGCGCCAUGCCCUCAUCGUCUGCAAAGCAGAACGGAUUCAUCCGGGUUCCCGGUUCAUUUCUGACAAAGUGGAGGAAGGAACACGCAGCUGAUGGUGAUGAGGCUGAGAGCAAGAAAGGAAAAGGUGGCAGCGCCUUUCAGCUGUGUGUGCAGCAGGGGGCGCUACUGUCACAGCAGGAUGUCAACAAGCAAAUCAGCCCCUCUGCAGCUAAAGGCCGAAGGCAGCUUACAUCAUCAUCCUCAUCACCGUCUCCACAGUCCAGCCCCACAGCUCUUCCUGUUCCUAAAAACAGAUCUCAAGGUUCCAAACCAAACCCGACCUCAUCAGUUCUGUCCAACAUGUCGAAGCAAAGCCUAAAGAAAAGUCCAGGAUCAAAAUCAGAGACCAAGAUCAGCGGUUCUCUGAGGCAGGCUCCGACCUUCCCUCGGCCUCCUACAGGUUCUGGAUCUCAGUCUAGUUCCCCCCUCCUGAGGAAAGCGGCUGCCAGCCGCUCCCAGUCUAGCGAUAACAUUGGCGGUCCUGCUGCCAUGCGGCUGACUGACCGCGAUCGGCUUCGCUCCCAGAGCCUCAACCAGGUCCGCCAGCAGGCGUCUCCAACCUUCACCAGCAAAGCUGCCCAACAUGGAUCCCCCGCCUCUUCCUCCUCCUCUUAUGCUCUUCAUAGAGGAAAGGCAUUAAAAUCACCUGUGAGCAGAGCUGCUCCAGGGAGACUGGGGGUGGCCCCCACCUCCCAGCUGCCACAGUCUGCCCUAAAGGCGCCCCUCUUUCCGAAUCCAACGGCCAGACCCAUCGGCAUCAGCUAUAAACUGUCCCGCCCGUCACUUAUCAAGAAGACCUGCCCUCUUCGAGCGACAGGAGCCAUCGUGCACAGUGGUGAAAAGGAUGUUCACUCAGUCGAGUCGCCGUCAUCGACUGAACACGAACCCGAAAACAGUCCAGAGGCCCCAGAAUUGGAGCAGCUUUCAAAUGAGAUCCUUCCACAGGAAGUUGGAUCAGUUGUCGGCGAGAUGCUGGAGGACAUGUCUCUGUCCUCCACUUCCUCCCUGGACAGGAAUGACAUUAAUCAGGAGUACAUGGACGACUUUGACAACCUUGGAAACGGAGGAGCUGGCGUUUUACAGUUCUCAUCCAAAAAUGAAGAGGAUGACUCAGGACUCGACCAAUCAUGCACCAGGCUGGACGAAGACCAGAGUGCAAUGAGCAGCGUCACCAAGACAACAGGACUGUACUUCCUGGAUGAUAGUCCUGACUGGACCGCCAUCAGAGGUGAUAAAGGAGAGGAGAGACUUGAGCGACUUGCCCGCCAGCGGAAGCCAAGUCAGUCUGACUAUCAUGAACAGGAACCGAAAGUCAGCAACCAAAGACUUAACUCAGGAAAAAGGAGUCAGGACCUUUUGAACAACCUAGACUCCUGUGAUCUGGCUGAUGAUGACCUGAUGCUGGAUGCAGACUUCCCAGAGGACUCCUCUCUGCACAGCGAUGGAGACGGACUGUCCAGCAUGGCUCAGUGGAGACGGAGGCAGCUGUGUUGGGGAGCUCCGGACUAUGAGAGCGAGAGUGAUGUUCAGAGCUACAAACACUGUCAGUAUCCUGAUACCAAGGAGGAAAAAAUCAGGUCAGCCUGCUGCUCUCCUGCUGCUCACACUCUGGGUCUGGAUGUGGAGACACUCGCCGAGGACUGUUCUGCAGUCCGGUCACAGCUGGAGUUCCUGCAGAGCUUCCUGCUGCAGGACAACCACUUGGAUGACGACACGCUGACCACAGACACUCUGAGUCCAGACACAACUGACUCGUCCCCUGUUUCAAACUUGCAGGAGCUUCUGCUGGAGGUACAGCUGCUCCGGGAGGAGCUGAGGAGCCGAGACCGAACCAUUGCACAGCUAACUAUGCAGUUGACUGUUCCCACACUGACCACUAGGUGUCAGUGUCAGGAGACACCUGAGAGGAUGGAGCAGCAAACGCAGACCGGUGUGUGUGAAAGCGAGUGUGUGGCUUCGCAGACACCAUGGAGAGAAUACAUUUCACAAGUACUUCACUCCUCUAAGCAGGAAGAGCCGGAACCACUAAGGAACCCUGUAGCUCCUUCCAGCGACCCCGCCCCCCCUGAAACGCUUGCCGAUGGGCUCCCUCCGUCCCAGAGGUCCAUAAACGCCCCCGUCUUCACCCCAAGAGCAGCAGAUGGUGGAAACCGGCAGAGGAGAGAGAUGAAAACCCUGCAGCCCUCCAAGCUCCGCCUCUUCCUGUCUCACAGCUCCACGCGGUCAGAAGAAGGCGGGUCUUCAGGGCAUAAGCUUAAAAUCUUCAGUUCUGGAUCAUCUCGUCUCCCCAAACCAAAGAGCCACUGAGGCUCCGCCCACUGAGCCCCUCCCCCCCCGUAAGUCUGAGCUGCUCACUGAUGGGAAGAUGUUGAACUUUGAACUGCUGCUCCCACUUCCUGGUCCCUCUGAUCCGUGAGCCUUUGCCUGCCGUCCAUCUUCUUCUCUGCAGACCUGAGGAAGUCCGAUCUGCUCUUCAUGGAGAUGCUCCCUCAGGGUUGAGAGGGGUCAAAGGUUAACCUUUAUCACUGAAACGUUUUUCUUGUAUGACCAUACAGAAAAAUCUUAGAAAUCCUUUGGAAGAAGAACUUCCCACUUCAUUUUAUCAGCUGUAGACCUAAAUUGGAGAAACUUCCAGGAGUUUCUAACAUCUAUCAGCGAUGACCUGCAGCUCCACAUUCAAUAUGCAACAAAGAUGGAGAACAGAAAAGUUGGAUGAUGGAAAAAAAGUUCAGCUUCAGGGUGAGGGUCAGCUUCAGGGUCAGCUUCAGGGUGAGGGUCAGCUUCAGGG